AUGGCUGCCGGCGGGAGAGCGCGCGCCCGAAGCGGCAGCGAGGAAUGCACGACGCUCGACACUUGCACACGCAGAUCUCGGCUUGCAGGGGAGUCAGUUGAUAGCGUUCCCAGCCAUUUUGCGGGCGUGAAACAGGCAGAGGCCGUCGACCAAUCGCUCGCCAAGGGUGCCGCCGGUGCCACAGCCGAGUCCAGGGCUCUGAAACAGCAAGGCGUCUCAGCCACCGAAUCGUUGGCUCGCAUGCACCGUCUCACUGGCUUCGCGGGAGAUAAUCCUGCUACCAGCGCUUCAGCACCAGGCGCUGGCUGCCCGGCGAGAGGCCACGGCAAGGCGACGGGCCGCCAGCACAUCGACACCCGCCGCCAAAGCAGUAAUUCUGUCGCCCUGAAGAGUCACCCGCGCAGCGCUGUGCCGCCGGACAACUCACGCCGUCAGAUGUCGCCCGCCCGUCGGGAAGCUGUCACGAACAAAGGGCCUCCUCCCUCACCUCGUUCUGCAGUCGCCUUGCCUGCUUCACCGUCUGGCAUUUUUGAGCUCGCACUGUGCGACUGUAGCACCACAGCUUCUCCACGCGGCCGAGCCCUGAUUGACAUUGGGCAGACCCACACCGCCGUGGAUCGUGUACGAAGCGGCGCAUCACGAGCUUCUCCGCGCAGAGAAGGCGCUUGCAGCCUGUGA